AUGCCCUUGCCCAGGCGCCGGUCGUCCUUCCUGGGGCAGCAAGCCCCUUCCUCUGCCACCGAGAGCGUGGGGGGCCCGGGGCGCCGGGUGAGCGUGGGCAGCCUGUCGCGGCCGCCCGGCGUCUAUGUGGGUGCCGUGCCCACCGGAGGAGUGAGCAGCUUGGGCACCCGUGUGUCCCGCCGAGCACUGGGCAUCAGCAGCGUCUUCCUGCAAGGCCUGCGCAGCUCCUGCUCCGCCGUGCCCCUGGCCACGGGGCUGGAGAAGGGCAGGGGGCUCUCCUACGAGAGCCUGAACGGCUGCCUGGUGGAGUACAUCGAGAAGGUGCGGGCCCUCGAGCAGGUCAACCAGGAGCUGGAAGAGCACAUCCGAGUCUACCUGGACAAGAAGUCCUCCAGCGUGGGCAGCUGGGGCGCGCUGCGGGAGAGCUGGGAGGCCGUGUACCACCAGGUGGGCGAAGCAGUCCUUGAAAACGCCCGUCUCAUGCUGCACACCGAGAACAUUCAGGCCUCUGCUGAAGACUUUAAGGACAGGUAUGAAAAUGAACAGCCAUUCAGAAAGGCAGUGGAAGAUGAAAUUAAUUCCCUUUACAAAGUGAUUGAUGAUGCUAAUUUAACUAAAAUGGAUCUGGAGAGCCAGAUAGAAAGCAUGAAAGAGGAGCUAACUUUGCUGUCAAAGACUCACGAAGAAGAUGUGAAGGUUUUGUACAAACAGCUUGCUGGAUCUCAGCUGGAAGAACUUGAUGUUCCUCUGGGAAGUGGCCUGGACAACAUACUGGAAAAAAUCCGAAUCCAUUGGGAGAGAGACAUUGAAAAGAAUCGUGCUGAGGCAGGUGCCCUGCUCCGUACCAAGCAACAGGCUGAAGCGACAGCUGCAGUGCGAAGCCAAGAGGAAGAACUGGUAGAGGGCCUGAGAACUGAGUUCCAUGAAACUGCCUGCAAAAUACAGAGCUUGCAAGCCGAAACUGAGUCCUUGAGAACCUUGAAGAGGGGUCUGGAGAAUUCCCUAUACGAUGCCAAGCACUGGCAUGAGAUCGAACUGCAGAACCUGGGCUCUGUCAUUUCCAAGCUGGAGGCAGAGAUGGCAGAAAUCAAAGCAGAAACUGAGCAGCAGCAGCGGGAUCGUGAGAAUCUGCUGACCAACAAGCAGCAGCUAGAGAAAGACAUUGCUGCAUAUCACUGCCUUCUGGAUGGAGAGCAAAGCAGGUACUUUCAUCUGAAACACGCAUGGGCACUCUGGGAAGAGAAUGUGACUAGAGCAGUUCUCAGGUUUCUUAAAGCUGGGUGGUAGGUGGAUAGGUUUGGAGAAGCUGCCAAAGGGGAAGAACACCCCAAAUCCAGCCGUGGUGAAAUUCCUGAUAUGUGGGACAGAACAGCUUUUCAGUAGUCACAAAAGAAUGAAGUUUAAAAAUACAGCAG